AGGGUACAAGUUAAUGCGAGGAAACCUAAAAGAGAAUGGGUUACAUUGUACAAGAUCAUCCCUGUCUAAACACUACAUACGGGCUCAACGUGUGUCCUUUCAGAUGGAUCAACGGCGGAAUUCUAACUGUAUCAAGUAUUGGUGGAAUUAUACUGAAUCUCUUCAUUAUGUUCAUAAUCCUCAUCGCUAAAGUGAAACUCCCUGGACACCAGAACAUCUUCAUGUUUAACCUGGCGAUCAGUAACCUGAUAAUAUCAGUCCUUGGACGUUCAGAGGAUUGGGGAUACUCUUCCCUAUAUUUGUUAUCGAGGGAGAUAACAGCAGGCAGAACCAUCUUUGUGGGGCUUAUGCUAUUGCUUUAAAUACUCUGGGACAGUGUAACACAGUGAGUCUGGUCCCUCUGACCCUGGAGCGGUUUGCAGCUAUAGUAUUCCCGUUCCAUCACCGCUACUUGUUCACUAGGAAGAAGUGCACUCUACUCGCUCUGCUCAUGUGGAGUCUCAAGAUCAUCUACUUGGCUGUUUACGUUAAACUCUACCUCACAGGAACAGUACAGACGAAAUUCUACUUCAAUUACCACCGCUGUACGACCUCCGGAGCAGAGGAUCUCUUCUUCGUCCGGUACAUCGUGUUCACCUUCGUACCAUUCGCACUGGUGAUUAUAAUGUACUCUGCAAUGAUCUGGAGGGUAAGGGUCGAGAAACUGAACUCUCGGAGGAUGCUCCUCGUCACCUUCCUAGUCAUCUUUACUGGGAUUGUAGCCUGGUUUCCUUCCAUCAUAGCUAACUUUGGGAACAUAAACAUGAACUACGAAGUGUCCCAGAUAUUUACAGUGACCCUGUUUUACUUGAACGGUGUUUCAGAUCCUAUAAUCUAUAUUCUGGGGUACCCCUCUGUCAAGAACUAUAUAAGAGGUCUGACUCAGGGUGGUGGUAGACACAGGACAUCCUAUAUCAGCAGUUGUACUCCAGCUGUCCUCAGGAGAUCAGACACUGAUCUCAGAACUAUAGGGGUAGAGGGGGAACUCAGUACAGUUUCUCCAAAUAGUUAUCUACAGCCUCGCCUGCUCAGGGGUAGUUUUAAUUCUUCUGAUCGGUGCAGCAGGGUUUCUUUUAAUCUUGAUAAAGACAACAAACCAUCCAAGAAAUCCCAUAAACACUCCAUCAAACGAUCUUUCAAUACUUCGUCAAAAGACAGGACCAUUAUCCACGACACACCCAAAAUGAGAAGAUACACCGUGUCUUAUGUCCAGAAAAAAGCCGCUACAGGGAGUUUAGCGGUAAGAAGAGGUUCAACCAGCGUCCCUCGGUUAGACCACAACAUGGUACGUGAUACUGAUAUCAUCCAGUUGGAAUGUCUUAACUCGGAUUGCACUGUUCUACAAAACAGUCCCGACUCUCCCAAUCAGAAAACUGUAUAGUGAAGAAUUUACACUGUGAUUUUCAUUAGUUUAUCGUCUAAUUAGCGUUUUCCUUGCUCUAUUAUUUACAUUAACUGAAAUACCCAACAUUUCAACACUCUUAACAGUGCACCUAUAUAAUAAGAUUCCUGUGACUGCUAAGUGCUAACUGACCUAAUAUGUUAAAUAUUAAUUGUCGUAUAUAAAAUAAUAGUAAAAAAGUUGUUUACCGUG